UUGGAUUCGAUUGUACUCCGAUUCUGGAGGAUGACAAAGGAGACCUUCAUUUCAAGAAAAAAAAUCUUUAUUUCUAUUGGAGUUGAUCCGCCUUGUCUUGUUUAGCGUAUACCAUGUCAAAAUCGUCAACUUCUCCCAUUGUCUACUAAACAUCACAUGUGGAUUUUGAUUGCAAAAGUAAAAAUUUACGACAAAUUUAAACCAAUAAAGGUGCUUGUAAACAAUUAAACUUUGAAUGAAUGGUCAAGAUUGAGACUAUAGUGAUCCUAUAGCUAAAAAGGGAGCCUCUAUUAAAUAACAAAUAAAAUUUUCGAUUGUGUCAGACUGGUGUCUGCGGUAUUUUGAAUUUUCGUCGACUUUUUUUAAGUUAAAUUUUCUUGGAAUUGGAAUCUAAUGGCGGUUACAACUUCCAGAGUUUCCGGAAAGAAAUUGAUGACUUCAGUAUCAAUAUCGGCAACUACAGUUGGGAGAAUUGGAAAUGAAGGGUUUAGAUUAGGGAGAUGGAUUUCUUCUGUCAUCGACGGUGGAAAGAAGGUUGCGGCACUGUGGGGAAAUGGAGAUUAUGGGAGACUGGGAUUGGGAAAUUUGGAGUCCCAAUGGAAGCCAAGGAUUUUGAAUUCUUCUGCAUUUUAUGAUCAGAGCCUCCGCGAAAUUGCCUGUGGUGGAGCUCAUACCCUUUUUCUAACAGAAAAUGGCCGUGUCUAUGCCACUGGUUUGAAUGAUUUUGGGCAGCUAGGAAUUUCGGAUGAUAGAAGUUAUGCUACUGAGCCACUUAUUGUCACUGGAAUUCCUAAAGAAGUUGUAAAAAUUUCAGCCGGUUAUCAUCACUCUUCUGCAAUUACAGUGGAUGGCGAGCUUUAUAUGUGGGGGAAGAACUCAGAUGGACAACUUGGGUUUGGGAAAAAGGCAGCAAAGCUAGUUACUCUUCCCAGUAAAGUGGAAUGCUUGAAUGGAGUUUCCAUUAAGAUUGCCUCUUUGGGUUCUGAGCACUCAGUUGCUGUUACAGAUAAAGGGGAGGCCUUGAGUUGGGGUGGAGGAGCAUCUGGAAAACUUGGACAUGGUCAUGGAUCCAGCAUAUUGGGAUUUCGAAAAAGUAACAGUGAAUUCACUCCACGACUGAUUAAGGAUCUGGAGGGAGUGAAGGUUAAAAGUGUUGCUGCUGGGAUUUUGCAUUCUGCCUGCAUUGAUGAAAAUGGCUUUGUAUAUAUUUUUGGUGAAAGAGCAAAGGCGAAGAUGGGCUUUGAAGAAGGAAAGAGUGUUACAGUUCCAUCUCUUAUGAGCAAAAUGCCACCAUCUGAAGAGGUUGCUUGUGGUGGUCAUCACACUUGUAUCAUUACAAGUAGUCUCUCAUUUCCAUAUUCUUGCAAUUAUAUAUUUCUUGUCAUGAGCAAUAAUACGAUGAAUGCUGUUUUACUAGGGCAGAAGGACUUUUCUUUUGAGUAUUUGCCCUGA